AUGCGAUUGAAAAUAGUGCGCUUGAUAGUUUUUCUGAUGAUAAAGAAACUGGUUUUGGGCCUGCACUUUUACAUGAAGCCUGGAGAAGUCCGAUGUUUUUACGAAGAUCUAGCAGAGGGGGCUAUACUCAUAGGAGACUUCGACGCUCAAGUGGAGAGAAACGGACGGUUUGAAGAAGAUUUUGGAUUGAAGAUGACAGUUACGGUUGACGAAACGUUCGACAAUGAUCACAGAGUCCUAAACAUGAAGAAUUCACACACCGGCGAUUUUAUGUUCACGGCUCUGGAAUCUGGAGAACAUCGAGUCUGCGUGAAACCAACCUUUUCCAACAUGAACGCAAACUUGAGAAUUUUUUUAGAACUUGAGUUUGCCAACGUUCAAUCUCUAGAUAGCAGACGAAUGGGCCAAAUGGAGUCACUACGAAGUCGCGUGCUUCAACUACUGGACAGGGUUGACAGAAUUAGAAAAGAGCAAAAAGAGAUUAUGAAGAGAGAAGCCAAAUUCCGAGAUCAAAGUGAGUCUACGAACUCGAGAAUUAUGGUAUGGUCUUGCAUUCAAUUGAUAGUUCUUUUUGGUACGUGCGUGUUCCAGAUGCGAUAUCUGAAAAAUUUCUUCAUUAAAGAAAAGGUCAUUUAA